AUGGAAGCAAAGAAAAAAGGGACGAAGCUGCUCUACUGCGCCCUCGGGGCACUGGUGCCUGCCUACUGGCUCCACCACCGCAGGGCAAGCAAAAGUCAAAGCGACAACAACCAAAUUAUAGACGACCUAGAAAUAGUGAAGAAGCUAAAAAUGAACAGCGCACUCUGUCACAUACCACUAAUCAUCCUAAGCAUCUACGACGGAUAUAUUUACGAAAAUAAAAUUCUACGGAAAAUUUACGGCAGACUUAGGGACAGAUCAUCUCAGAAAGCCCCUGCUCCGUCUGCCUCGUCAUCUCCGUCUUCCGCGGGGAACAGCAGCAGGACAGAAGAAGGUACCCAUGCUCCUAAUUACCACUUUAUCAUGCACAGCGAAAAAAGCAUUUUUAACAAAAUGUAUUUUUACGAGAUCAUCCUGGACAAGAGUCUAAGAUAUGCCGUCAUUUCACCGCAGCUAAGUCUUUAUAUUUUGAGGCAGCUAUCUCAGCACGUUGUUAACUUAAAUACGAGGUUGUAUCAUGAGAAGGAGUUCUCGUUACACAGGGAGAAGCGGGGGGGUGGUCGCGAUAAUGGUAGCGAUAUUGGACGCGAUAAUGAUCGUGGUCGCUGGCUUGCCAACUGGGUGAUGCGUUUGGCGUGGGGGGGAGGAGCGUGGACAGACGAGAUGAGCAACUCCUACUAUAGCGAUAACGGCAAUGACGGAGAAGAAGGGGAAGAGAGGUCAUCCCCCCCACGGAAGAAGCACCUCCCCGGAAAGGCAAAAGGAAACCUAUACGAAAAAUACGCGAUUCACAAAUAUGAACAAACAUUCAACCAAACGACAGAAGGUGGUAUCAGUCCCUCCCCCCAGCACGACCAAGUGAGCAUAAACCUUUUGUAUCUGUUGAACAAAGCAUACGAUAAUGUGAAUAGGAUCUGUACUGAUACGGACACAAAUAUUUUUGUAAAUUUCUACAUGAUAAAUAUCCUCAAAUUUAUUUGUUAUAAGAAUUAUCGACAUGUCCUGAUGAAUAGCUCUUUUUUUGAGGACUUGGACAGAAGGAACAGGAAGGGGAGAAGCUUUGUCGAUUACUUUUGUGCCUUCUUCUUCUCGGGGGGUGGCGCGCCUGAGGAGGGAUACCUCGCGCGGGACGAUGCGGACAGGCACUUGUUUUGCGGGGAAGCAGAAGGGGAGGGUGAAAGGGGCCAUUCGGAAAGUGCUCCAACGGGCGGUUUGACCAGCGGUUCGACCAGCACUUCGACAAGCGGUUUGACAAGCGCUCCAAAGAGCAGUUCUCCGAGUGGUUUCCCCCGCGGUGAAGGGCCCACCGCGAGGAAGGCAACCAGCAGUAGCGGCGAACAGAAGCAGAAGGAGCUCUGCGCCGGGGAAGCACCGACGGGAAGAAGCGCCCGCACCCCGUCUAACUCGCCAUCCCCCAAGGGGGUCCAAAAAGGGAAUGAUAAAGAGGACGUGGUGCAGAAAAAUACUCAUCGCAACAGAAACCAUCACGUAGUGGCCCACGGAAAAGCUGAUCAAAGAGUGGCCCACGGAAAAGCUGAUCAAAUAGUGAGCCACGGAAAAGCUACAUCACAAACGGCUGUCUCCUUUCACAGCCAUGGAGGAAACCCACACCAACAGGAAGACACACAAGAAAGGCAUCCACACAACUGCCCACAAUAUCAAAAUGGAAUGGACGAAAAAAUGAAAAUAUUGAAUGACCUGUACCUCGUGCUGUAUCUACGCCUUCUCUUAGAAUGUUGCAUCAAAAUUGUGAGCAUUAAAAAAAAUUUAUUAGUGUUGGAGGAGAAGGUUAAAUUUGAGAAGGGGAAUAAAAUUUUUUACCUGAGCACAUCAGAUGCGAUUGAGAAUUUGAAGGUGCAUUUCUUGAAGCGGUUCCGACGUGGAGAGGAGAAACGGGGCCUCCAUAUCUUCUUUCGCCCCUACGGAAAUGCAGGGAGGAAUGGGCCACCGGGUAAGCGGCAGGAUAUCCCAACGGACACAUCGAUAAAAAAAAUUCCCAUAUGGCAUAGCACAGAUGCUCAACCCACCAACGAAGAGCAGUACAGUCUAGCCACGUGGAAAAGUAAACUAAAGGGACACUCCAAAAGAGCGAAAGUCUACAUGGACCGUAAGCUAUUUAAGUUGAAAAAAAUUAUUAACUAUUACGUGAUCAAUUUGGAUGAAGCCAUAAAGAAUAAGUAUUACAAAAGAGUACACGAAAAAAAUGUGAAACGGAUAAAUGAGCAUUUGAGGGAAAACGCACAGAAGGAAAUAGAUUUGGGACGAUUCCACGAUAUCUACUCCAACAUGGUUGCUAACUUGAAUGGCAUCCUCUCCUUUGCUUACGCAGUUGAUGCGAGAAAUGAGGCCCAUCGCAUUUUGGCUCUUUACAACACCUGCGUCUUCUACCAGUAUAACUACUUCAACGAGUAUGACAGUUUGUUCUUUAAAAACGGGCGAAUACAAAAGUGCCUAAAUAUAUUCAGCUACAUAUACAAUAAGAAUCACUUCAGUAAGUACUGCUCCUUGUGUUGUGUAUUCCACAAAUUGAAUUUUAUCGUUUUGUCCAGGAGGAGUUCAUCUCACUGG